AUGUUCCAGAAAGUCUGUAGGAGUGGGCUGAGACGAAGGUGUCGAUCUCACGUUUCCAAAGCGGCAACAGACGUCAAACAGGAGCUGCAACAAGCGUUGAAUCUGUCGCAACAAAUAAGCCGGUCCAGUGGCGAUUUGGAGACCCCCGAGAGCUCUGAAAAGGUAAUCAGUGCGAAAACCCAACCCGGAAAAUCGUACUCUUCCUCUUCCUCUUCCUCUCCGAAAUACACCAAAGAGCUGGACAAACUGCUGACAUGCGAACAAACGACUUCGCACCAACCGAAAAGUCCAAGAAAAGCGCAUAAAAAGGGCACAAACCGGGCGCUUAGAUCCGAGUUUCGUGUGCAUCCUUCCAGAAUCAGCUUGAAACCGCUCAACCCAGAUGACAAAGACACGGAAACCAAACCACCGCGUCUCUGUCACGAGCUUGAAAGAGUGCUUUUCCAGCCUAUGAACUUCCACACGCUUCAGGAUGGCCGGUCUGGUUCCUACAACUUUAGCAAAUGGCUCGAAGACAUCAUUCGGGUUGACGAUUUUGAUUUCGACGCCGUCUCUGCGUUUGUCACCGCAUCCAAAGACGAAACGAUGCUCAAACUGACAGAACUCCAUCAGCAGCGAUACUACUCGUCCACCAGCUCCAUGACAGGCAUUCUAUCACAUCUGCAUUUCUUAUUGUCCAAUUUCCGGAAAACAAACAUGUCAUUACUGUCUAAAAACUUCAGUGAGCGAGCGGCUACUUUCAGCUGGGGCGCCCAGCUCCCUGCAGUGGUAAUAAUGAAAAGAAUGGACCCCAAAAAAUCCAUUUUCUCGAUAGAUUCUGAUAAGUCCUCUGAUCGGGAACUGGUUCUAUCAUUAUUAGGUCAUGCUCUAGAGGCCGUUCUUACCACCGAAGAGCAGCAGUUUAAAAAGACAUAUGAUAAAACCACAGAUACAUACAAGGCCAGCACCAACAGACCUGCAGGGGCCUACCACUACUCUAAGAUUUCAGACUUUGUGCUGCGAUCACAACUCGACGCAUUCAAUCCUAAUCUUCCCGGGACCGGCGUUUUUGACCUCAAGACCCGUGCUGUUGCAGCUGUGAGGCACGACAUAGCAUAUGUCGAAGAGAAUAACAAUUACACAGGCUACCAAAUACAACAAACACUAGGCAAAUUCGAGUCUUUCGAAAGGGAGCUAUUCGAAUUAAUACGAAGCACCAUGCUCAAAUACUCUUUACAAGCACGUAUCGGUCGUAUGGAUGGUAUCUUCAUAGCCUACCAUAAUAUCUCCAAAAUGUUUGGUUUUCAGUACAUGCCAUUGGAAGAGAUGGACCACAUUCUGCAUAGUUAUGCAUGUCCACGAUUCCAUCAAGUACUGGAUGAAAGAAAUGAGUCUUUGAAAGCCAUCUUUGGCGAAGAGAAUUUCAUUUUGAAGCACGACCACGCAAGUUUGGAACGCGCCAUCGCGUCCAAUGUUGCUGACGCAGAGUUCAAGAGUUCCAUUGCAUUUUUGGAUAAACUACUCAAGCUGGUAGAGAGUGCUUUACCUUCCAAUUUUCAUGCAUGUCGCUUGGUAUUCAGAACAGAAAUCAAAAAGGUAACUGAUGAGAACGGUGAACCAUGCAAGGUUCCGGUUCUCAAUGUCCUGGUAGCGCCUUUGACCAAAGAUCAAACCGAUCAAUUUCAAAAAGCUGACUUGAAGAAAGAGCUUCAAGACGCCGAAAACAUUGAUAACUACUUCAAAAAAACCGAACAACUCAACAGCGAGACUGCCAAAAGUGUUAUUGGGUUCGAAGUCACUGUCAAUCAUCACGCACAGCACCAUCCAGCAACCAUCAAAAGUCCACGCAUAGCAAGCAUUAAAUCGAGCGUUUUAACGGAACAAGAAAAGCAGUUUGUAAAUAAAACGGCCAACCAAAACUUCUACGAACAAUCUGCAAAUUGGAAGCAUAUGCAAUUUUUCCAUCCCCUAGAUGUGCAGAUGUGGUCGUCUGCUUUCACUAUUCGACAGGUAACGAAUCAAGAGAAAUUGAGUAAACGAUACAUGAUGUAUCUCGAAGAUAAACUAGCGGCAUUGAAGGGCCAAACGGUUUCCAAAAAGUCGGCAAAUGCGACACCAGAGGAGAUCUCUGACCGCAUCAAGAGAUUUAUGUCUGGAACCAAAAGCGAUUCGAAAGCAAGCGGGAAAUCGAAUGAGGAAAACGAGAUAUCUCAAUUACAGGCUCUUUUGAGAGCGUACGCCAGAAAGGGGGAACUAAGUGCUCGGAAUCAAAAGUGA